AUGGGAGUUACGGACGUGAUAACUGUGGUAAGUCAAGCCGAGGGACCAGAUAGGCCAAAGAGUCAACCAGAAUCGGAAUCUCGUGAUCUUGAGGCUCAGGACAACCACGAAAUCACUCUUUUAAGGAAUAAUGUUGCGGACCGCCGGGCUGAUGAUAUGGUCAGAAAUAGUGGUAAAGAGUCAACUUUGAACGCCAUGCCUAUUGCAAGCUAA